AGGAAAAUUGAUCGAAAUGUCAAUAUCAAUGGAUGACAGAGGGAACAAUAGUGGAGAAGUUGGAGAAUUUGCCAGUUCAUCAAUGAUACAAGAAUCAAUAGAUCUCAAAUUGUUAGCCGCAGAAAGUCUUAUUUGGACAGAGAAAAAUGUGACAUACUUCGGACCACUUGGAAAAUUUCCAGGUAAAAUCGUAAUUACUAGGUAUCGAAUGGUUUUUCUCGUUGGUGAUGGUGGAAAAAUGUAUGAGCAAUGGAAGCUCGAUAUUCCACUCGGACAAGUGUCUCGGAUAGAAAAAGUUGGUAGAAAGACGACGAGUGUUGCCAAACGAGGCGAUGAUAAUUAUGGAUUCACAAUUUAUUGUAAAGAUUAUCGAGUUUAUCGAUUUACAUGUAAUCCAGCAUCGAGUGAUAGAAAAAAUGUUUGCGAUUCGUUGAAUAGAUACGCUUUUCCGCUAUCGCAUAAUUUGCCAAUGUUCGCCUCUGUACAUGCAGCAGAAACACCUAGACUUAUGAAAGAUGGUUGGAAAAUUUAUUCAGCUGAAAAAGAAUAUGAACGCCUUGGAAUCCCGAAUUCACGUCUUUGGAAAGAAGUGGACAUUAAUAAAGACUAUAAAUUUAGCGAAACUUAUCCAAGAACUUUUGUAAUUCCGACAGUAUCUUGGGAGGAAGGAAAACCAUUUGUAAAGAAGCUCGGCGAGUUUAGAAGCAAAGAAAGAAUUCCCGUGUUGAGUUGGAUUAAUCAGACAACUUUAGCUUCAAUUUCACGAUGCUCACAGCCAAUGACUGGAAUUUCUGGAAAAAGAAGUGCUGAGGACGAGCGACAUCUCACGAACAUUAUGAAUGCCAAUGCUAAUUGUCGUGAACUUCUGAUCCUUGAUGCAAGACCAGCAGUCAAUGCAAAACUUAAUAAGGCAAAAGGUGGAGGUUAUGAAGAGAAUUAUGUCAAUGCUCCUCUAACAUUCCUCAAUAUUCACAAUAUUCACGUUGUUCGGGAUUCAUUAAAACGAUUGCUAGCCGCGCUGAUUCCACGUGUCGACGAGAAGGGAUACUACAAAGCGUUAGACGAAUCGAAAUGGCUCAAUCAUGUUCAGAGCAUUUUGGAAGGAGCAGUAAAAGCUGUCUUCAAUGUUGACACUGAAAAACAAUCAGUAUUGAUUCAUUGUUCUGAUGGUUGGGAUCGAACUGCACAGCUGACGUCGUUGGCAAUGAUUCAACUCGACUCCUAUUACCGUACAAUUGAAGGAUUUAUCGUUUUGAUUGAGAAGGAAUGGUGUAGCUUUGGUCAUAAAUUUGGAGAGAGAAUCGGUCACGGCGACGAUAACUACAGCGAUGGAGAACGAUCUCCCGUAUUUGUUCAAUUCUGUGACUGCCUAUGGCAAAUUAUGCGACAAUUUCCAUGGGCAUUUGAAUUUACACAAGAACUGCUAAUUUGUAUGCUCGAUGAGCUCUACGCUUGCAGAUAUGGAACAUUUUUGUACAAUUCCGAAAAAAUCCGGCUGAAGGAUAAGAAAUGCGAUGAAACGACGAUAUCGUUCUGGUCCUAUGUUUUGGAAAAUAAAAAGAAAUUCAGAAAUCCAAUGUUUAAGCAUGGAAAAUCCAAUAAAGUGAUAAACGUAAACCCAUCUCUCUGCGGUUUACAUGUAUGGAUUGAUUACUACGCCCGAUCGAAUCCAUAUGUAGUUACUCCAAAUCAUGAGGAUGUUCAACAGCCAGGCGCACAGUUUGUCGACGAGAAAAAGCAAUUGUUGGAUGAGAUUAUGGCUCUUGACGACGCUGCUCAAAAAUUGACCGCCUAGUUAUUUUAAUUAUGCUCAGUUAUUCAAUUUUGUUGUUAGACUUUUAAAAAUUUAAUUUAGAACUUUUCACUGUGAUUUCAUUUUGCUUUCUUUAUGUGCAUUGUACAAUAUUAUAUGAAAAUAAUUCAUCUUU